AUGAGGAAUGAACAAUUUCAACUUAUACAAUUGACAGUUUAUGAAAAUAUUACAAAUGAUAAGACAUGUAACAAAAAUAAUCAUAAUUAUUAUAAUAUUAAAGAUUGUGGAUUUAAUUUAGACAAAAAUGUUUAUUAUCUUGUAAAAAUACACAAAACUAAUCAACACAAUCAUCGACAUUGGAAUGAUCUCAUGAUUGAUCGUAUUCUUGACAAACUAGUCAACUUCACGCAUCAUUCUUGUCAUAAUCUUCAACAUAUAACUACUGUACCCAUUGAUAAUUGGAUUUAUUAUCUUGUUAUGAUAGAUCAAACUAACACUGAAAAGAUUCUCAAUGAUUUCACAGAUAACAGUCUAGAUUCCGAUAGUCUAGAUUAUGAUGAAUACUGUAAUCCAAUUGUUCAAAAAAUUGCUAGAAAAUUUAAACAUAUCAGAGUUCAUCAUGGCGAAGUUGACAAUGAUGCUUGCUUUACUAAUGCUCGUCAACUGAUGACAAAUCAACAUGAAAUAACUAGUGAUUUUGAUGAUUAUGAUUAUACAGAGAAUUGGUAUGAAUAUAAUCAAAGUGGAUUUGAUAGUGAUGAUGAAAUUAUUGAAGAAGAUAUUUAUGAAGAAGGGGAGGAUUAUGCAAUAGAACACUAUAAACAAGAUGUUGUAUCAUAUACAGGUGAUGAAUUCGAUGUUUGUGAAGAAGAUAAUGGUGAUGAUGAUGAUAAUGAUGAUGAUGAUUAUUACAGUAUGAUUCUUAUGAGAGAAAUUAAAACGAAUAAUUAAAUUGUUUGUUCAAUAAAACUUUCAAUGGAUAAACUUAUUUUUCUUUCUUUUUUCGAACGAUCACUCAAGUAAAUACCGACAGUAUUUCUUUUUUUCUGUGUUCAUGCCUUUUUAUAUUUAUGAGAUUUUAAGAUAAGUGAGUAAGUUUUAAUAUUUUGUACAUUACGUAACUUGUCUUUUUU